AUGGGUAAAUUUGACGAUGAAAUGUGGGAUUUGAACCCCAAUUCAAUCGGUCUUCCGUCUCUUCAUAGACCAAGAUCGAGUAAGAACAACACAAUGAAUGGUCUGAUGAUGAAUUUAUUUAACGCUGAAAGCACUGGGGUCAAAAAGAGACCAAAAACUAUACACGUUUAUGGAAUGGAUAACAAGAAAGUGGAAAAUGACUUUCUUGAUCUACUUUCUAGGAGUAAAGCUGAUUCGAAGCCAGCUAGAGGUCCAUUACAAGAGAAGGAUUUGAAUACAUCAAGACCAGAAAGUGCAAAAACUAUCGAUUUGUUAGAUAUGGGGGUGUUAUUGUCAUCACGAUCUCAGAAGACAGUUCCCAUAGAAGAUGGUAUAAAUUUGUUGCAAAGUGACCAUAAUUAUCCAAACGAGAUGGCGGGGCUGGUUCCUCAUACAUCGAAUGGAUACGAAAUGGAAGAACUUCAGAGUCAGAUAUCAACGGUUACACUAGAAAAUGAAGAUUUAUUUACAAAGAGAUCUGUGACUUUACCGCAUAUGAGAUCAGUAUCCGAUAAAGGAUGUACAAGGUUGACCAAGUCGGCGGGAACAGAUGAAAUUGAUGAUGAGUCUGUUGCUGAUAGUGAGGAUGAGCCUGAAUUACUCUCUACCUCACUGUCUUCUCAAUCAAGAAAAGGAUCAAGGAGUUCUACUGUCAACAUUUUUGAGCAAAAUCGUACAUUUGAUACUAGCGUAUUGGCUGAUCAAGAAAAGAUCGUUUAUGAUGACACUUUGAUUGAGGAAAAUAACUUAGAUUCUCAACUCACGAAUGUCAAUAUUCAAGCUGAAGACUUUGUGAAAGAUGACUCUGAAGUAUUCAGCGUAGAGCAUGAAUCAAUUGAGCAACCUGAUGACUGUGAUAUGGAAUAUUCAGAGGAAUCAACAAGAGAUAUCCAACCUCAAUUAAUUUUUCAAAUUUCCACUUCGUCUUAUCAGGAUCUGCACAAUUCCAAUAAUAUAAGUAGCCAUCAUUCACAACAAAACAAAGGUUCUGAUAAAAUAAUUGGUAAUGUCCCACAUGAUAUAUCUACCAAUGUAAACCCUGGAGGUGUUGAUGAGUCUACUAGUGCCAAAGCUAAACACACCCCGGAAAUGGCUGAUGCGACACCUAAUUCUUCGGGGCCGGUAUUACCACCACCAUAUCCUUCGAGCAGAGAAAGAAAGCGAAAAAACAGCUUGGCUGAUAUAUGUUCGAAGACUAAUAGAGCUAGAUUGCCGCCACGAGUGGGUCUUUCAAAGAAGAUGAAAGUCGAUUCACUACACGAUUACUUAAAAAAAUAG